GACAACGAUCCACUGGAGACUAGGGCUCUCUUUCGACAAACGGAAUAUGCUCAUGGAACGCAGAUAGGAUUAUUUUAGGUUCGAGGGCGUGUGUGUUGUUGCACUUUGGCAUUGUGCUGUUGUAGUCUAGUAUAUAAUUUAACACUUUAAAAACAAGAGACAUUCGAGCAGUGGCACCUUAAUCUCAGCUCCGAAAUUGAUGUGAUGUGUUGUUGCUGUGAACAGUCUACUUGAAGAGCUUCCACUGCACUUGUCACUCCAGUUUAAUACUCUCGUGGGUAUCCUUGUUACAUUAACUUUAAUUUCUUGACAUAUAUAUAUGUGAAUACAUAAAUUUUGAAGAGAUGGAGGAUUAAACCAUGACAAAAACAUCUGCUAUAGUUAUUUUUACCUUAGUUUCAUUCGUGUCAUUCAUACAUCCUCAUUCCUCUGCUGUUAUAAGAAGCUAUUAUUCUCGUGUGGUGAGAACUAAAUUUGGUUCUUUGCGAGGUUUCACAAAGAUAUUUUCUAAUGAACAGUUAAGACCUACUGAAGUGUUUCUAGGCAUUCCUUAUGCCAGGGCGCCUACAGGGUCGCUUCGCUUCAUGCCACCUGUCACCCCUCCCCCUUGGAGAGGAGUAAGAACAGCGGAUCGGUUUGGCCCUGUCUGUCCUCAGAAAUAUCCAGAUAUUCGGAAUACAACCGAAGCUUUGAAAAAGAUGACACCUGGACGUCUGGCUUACCUGCGACGCCUUCUUCCUUUUCUUCGUAACCAGAGCGAGGACUGUUUAUACCUGAAUAUAUACUCUCCAACACGGCGUAGAGAAACAUCUCGGUUUCCAGUAAUCGUAGUUAUUCACGGAGAGUCUUAUGAAUGGAAUUCUGGGAAUAUAUAUGAUGGCAGUGUGGUUGCUAGUCAUUCUGAAGUCAUUGUUGUUACCUUAAAUUUUCGCUUAGGAGUGCUAGGAUUUCUUCCCACACUGACGGGAGCAGCCCGCGGAAAUUACGGCCUCAUGGACCAAGUAGCAGCUCUACACUGGAUUAAAGAAAACAUUAUGGAGUUUGGAGGUAACCCGAAUAAUGUGACGGUUCUCGGUCAUGGCCAUGGAGCAGCGCUCGUCAAUCUACUAAUGUUGUCUCCAAUGGCUAAAGAUCUAUUUUCACGAGUAAUCCUGCAAAGUGGUUCUGUUCUUAGUCCGUGGGCCACUGCUCCAGAAGCGGUGACCUACACGCGACACCUGGCAAGAGUUCUUGGGUGUCCAUUUGAAGAUCAUGCCCUCUUGGUGACCUGUAUGAGACAACAGUCUUUAUCCGAUAUCAUGCGAGUUCAGUUAUUAGUUCCCGAGCACCUGACAGCCUUCGGCCCGACUGUAGACGGAAUUGUGAUUCCAAACGACCCAGAGCUACUGCUGAGAAAUUAUCCCGACGUGUACAGUCAAUAUGAGCUCUUAGUUGGAGUGACUAGAAACGAAUUUUAUCACCAUUUUUCGGCUCGAGACGAGAAAUACGGAAUAGAACCAGAACGAAGAGACAAGCUAAUACGCACUCUCGUUAGAAACGUUUGUACCUACCAUCUCCAAGAAAUAUUCCUUACAAUUGUUAACGAAUACACAGACUGGGCUAAAACUGUGCAGCAUCCAAUGAAUAUAAGGCAGAACACAGCGAACGCAUUAGGUGAUGCGUUAAUAGUAGCACCAGUCAUCCGGCUAGUGAAUUACCAUUCCAAGGCCAACUCCAGAACUUUUUUCUAUGUGUUUGGACACCAGACAGAGCAUGGAGAUUACCCAGAAAGAUUGGGAUGUGUUCACGGUGAAGAGCUUCCUUAUGUAUUCGGUGCUCCUCUGGUUGACGGAGGCCUGUCGUAUUUCCAGCAAAACUUCACGCACGCCGAAGUAACGCUGUCCAUGGCUGUCAUGAUGUAUUGGACAAAUUUCGCCAAAUAUGGGGAUCCAAAUAUUCCUCUUCUUCACCGUGAUGUAGUUGGUGAUAAAGGAAUUGGCCAUUUUUAUAGGUUUGAAUGGCCAGUAUAUGACGCUGUUCAUCAGAAAUAUAUUUCCAUAGGAAUAAAACCAAAAAUUCGUGACCACUACCAUGCUCACCGUAUGUCUUUGUGGCUUCACCUUAUUCCCAAGCUAGACAAGAGCGACGUUGGAGUUCCGCCGUAUCACCAUUUACUGAACGAACAUAAUAAUGCCGAUCUGUACGACGGUAUAGUCCGCCAGGUACCCUUUCCCCAAGGAUUUCCAGUAACUACAACAUCUUUGCCAGUAUACCCAGGAUUGCCUUUGCCGACACUGGCUGGAGUGUGGAAUAUCAGUGAAAUCUUCAAGCAGACUGAUGAUGUCGUUUUUCUAACAAUUGCUCCAAAUGAAGACCAUUCAAUUUCAACUAAUGGUUCUGACACAGUGGCUACAGUCUUGAGACAUACGAGCUAUUCGACAGCACUCAGUGUAACUAUUGCUGUUGGGUGCUCGCUUCUCAUCUUAAACGUUCUCAUAUUCGCUGGUGUAUUUUAUCAACGUGACAAAUAUAGGAUUGAAGCAAAACUCCACAAGAAAAAUUACAAGGUAAAAACACCUAACGAAAGACUACCGUCUCGGCCAAUAAACAAACAGAUCAUAAGAGCAAUCCCCACAUCUCCUAACACUCUUCAAGACGUUCCACCUCCGCCUACACCCCAGGCACAAGAUCAGCCCAAGGAAAAACCCACUCCUGAAGUUCAGCCUCUUCUUCAUCACACUGGGCACGAGAUUUCCAUAAUGAAAACUCAAGAAAUUAAGAUGUAGCUGUUUUUCAUUGUACUUUAAUACAUCAGUAUUACUUUAUAGGCUGUUAUUUUUACUAAAAAGAGUGACAUCUUGAUUUUAUUUCGUCUGACGUAAUUAUUUCUAAUAAUAUUUGUUUAUUUCAUUGCUUUACUCAUUGUCUUGCUGAUACUUAUCUUGCAAGAUCAGAAUCAAGCAAAAUGUUCUAUGUGAUUAUAUACUUUUGAGGCGCUUCGUUUUCUGUAAAAACACACAGACAUUUUAAUUAAAUAAGGCUUUAGUUUUUAUGCAAACUCGAGAAAACAUAACUGAAUUAGAAAAUGUGUAAGUCUACUAAAAACUUCUUUAAAGUAUGUCAUACGGCGCCACAGCUUAGCAAACAUGAAAACGAAACUUCAGCAUAACAGAAACGAGCAGAAUAUAGAGUUAAAUAAAGAUUAAACAGAUGGAGUAUAAAUAUUCUGCUAGAAUCUGAAAUUAAUCUAAAAUAGAUCAUCAGUUAUUGAUACUUUUUGGUGAAGUUGGGUACAAUAACAAUGUUAAUUAUCUCAGCUGAAUGAACCAGAUCAAUCCCACGGUGUUUUUUAUAAAAUAUAAAGUGAAAUUAACUUAAAUUUUGCUAGAUAACAUCACGAACCAUUUUUUAUUUUAGUUUCAUAUAAUUAUGCUAUAUUCUUAUCAAAAAUAAUGUAUUCAAAAAUGGAUUUCUUUCCAUAAUGAAUAUUUUGCUCUGACAGAAUACUGAUGUAAUUGGGUCUUACGAAUGACACAAAAUAUAUUAGCUACAACUUUAGUUGAAAUCUGCCAGUGCUAACGAACUCUUUCCUAUUAAAGCAGAUACACUUUAAUGAAAAACAACAACAACAUAAAACAAUUCUAAUACCCAAUUAGCGAAAAGAAAUGAAAUAGGAUAACAUUUUCUUCCUUUAUGGCAAAUGUAUUAUAACACGAUAUGACUUAACUCUGCUUUGAAUGAUUUUAUAUUAAUGUUAGUUUGGAUGAUAUAAUAAGUGCAGUUUAUUAUUUUGAGUUCAAAACUUAAAAUCACAGUACUCGACCAACGACACUAGUAAUUUAGUAAGUAACAAAACAAGAUAAGCUUUUGGAGGCUUAGGUUCUUACUUAAGAUGAACACUCUUUUGUUGUAGUAAUUAUGAAGAUACAAUUUACUAAAGUUAUUACAAAUGAAAUGUCUAGUUUAUUUGCCAACAAAAAGUACAAAUCAUUAGUUUUUGAAGAUACUAUUCACUCGUUAAGUAUAUAUAUAUAUAGUUAUAUAUAUGUACGGGAUAAAUGAUAAAUUGAUAUAGGUGAUAAUUAAUGAGAUACGUGAAAAGUAAACCAAAAACAAAAAACAGGAGAAACGUUAUCAUGUUUCGUUGCUUAAAAGAAAUAAUGUGCUUUUAACUGUUUUUAUUACUGCAUUUUUCGUGUUAAAACUCACGAUAAGUAGUAUUGUAUAAACACAACUUUAUAAGAUAAAAAUUAGCUUCUAAUUCGUGAAAAACAUUAUCCUCUAAAAUGCAUUUUUUUUUACCAAUCUAAGGUUUAAAAUUAAAAUAAUGUAUUAAUGAAUGAUAUCCCUUUUACUGAAAACUGAUUAAUCUCAUUACUAGCCCAUUAAGAGUGGUUAUACAUCGAAUGAUAAAAAAAUAAAUUCCUUACUCCAAAUCUUUAUGAUUUGUAUGUAACUAGUAUCUGCUAUAGUCCUUACGUAUUCAUUAAAACAGCACAAAAUAAUCAACAUUACCAGCCCUCCGAACCUUUUAGUGAAACUGGUUUUAGCGUGACGACAAUAAUCACAUACGUGGUGAAGUAGUUAACGAAAUCCAUUUGUGUGUUGGUACUCUGUAAGUCCAUUGAUUAAUUGAAGAGUAAAAGCUCAGAGAUUUUAAUUCAUUAACAAAAGAAAAAAUAUUGAUAUAUUAUUAAUAACAUUUGCCGCUUCUCUUGUUAAUCCUCCCGAUAUUUUGAAAACAAAUAUUACUUAAUAAUCUUAAACACACUCAAGCAGAAUAUAUGUUUUAUAAGCAUUAAAACAGAAUAUGGUGGCUACAAAAGUGACGUGUAAAAACAUGAAAGAAAAAUUUAAUGUGUCCAGGCUGGGUUAGCAAUAUGUUUUACUUUGUGGUUGCUUUGAAUAAUCUUUGAAAAAAUAAAAUGAGGAAUCAUGUUUAUGAUUUUAGAAGUUUUGAUAUAAGUUCAAGAAAAUAUGCUUAUGUAUUAGGGUAAUUUUCUGUAUUCAAUUACUGUUUCAUUUUCACUUGAAAUAAGUUAAGCUCAAACUACAAUUCCUUUUAGAGCAAUCUUUUCAUCCAAAUGGUGCUAUAUGCAUAUAUAAUCUGGAAUAUAAAUACUAAAUUCCGAAAGCUAGACUUCACAAUUUUAAAGGAAUGACUUCUAUCAUCACAAUCGGUUUUUGAUGUAUUCUGGAAGCUAGUUAGUAUACAACUUAAUUUUCUUGUGACGAUUAAUGGAGAUGUUUCGACUCAGAAACAAUAUUCAAAAUCAUAACCCAAAUAGUGUUUUAAUAAACCUUUCUGAUUGUUAAAGAAUAUGAAAAGUUUAAUUUGAAAGUAAUAAUAAUAAAAUAAAAAAGUUUUGUGUACAAAUGAUAUACUUGUUUGUGUAAGCACAAAGCUGCUCUAUGGGCUAUUUGCUCUGUGCCCACCGCAGAGAUCAUAUGCAGAAUUUUAGCAUUGUAAGCCCUUUAGCUUACGCUGACUUUCAGAUCUUUAAUCGAAUUUCCCAAAAAUAAGGUGUACAUGAACUUGGAUCAGAAAAAGAGGUAGGGCAACUUAGUUACGUCAACUUCAAUUCCCCUCUCACCCAAUCAAUGUUCUCAUUGGAUAAGUCUUUGAUGGCAUUCUUAAGGCGUAUCCCAGUCAUUUACUAUUUAAAAUGUUAAUACUUUCAUUGCCAGAAAAAAAAAUCUGAAAUAAACUAUUACUUGAAUGUUUUAAUAAUUACAAACAAAUAAUCUAAAUGUUUGUGCUUAAUGUUCAGUUUAAGUUAUGUAUUAUAAAUGUUAAUAAUAUGUGUUGACAUUCAAGAAACCACGAGGAAUGAUUUCUAUUAUUCAUAACAGAAUUGAAUUAAAUAUAAGUUCUAACAUAUAUUUAAUUCUAUAAUUUAAACAUAUGUAUUCUACAAAUUAUGCCAAGGAUUUUUAACUACUGUGAGUUUCAAAAUAAAGGUGUUCAGGUAUAAUGUGGAAAAUUAUAUGCAAUCAGCUGUUAUAAACAACAUUCAAGUUUAGCAGAUUUUAGGGAAUAUUCUAAGUGAACAAUGAAACAUAUGAAAAACAGUUAAAUAUCUACUCCUCCUAAAAAAAACUAGUUUAAUCGAAAUGGUUGGUUCUUGAAGACUUUUCCACUUUUACUGCCAUCUGUUGGAAAUUAUUAUAAGCUCUCAGUAAAAUAUUUUAAAAACAUUUGAAAACAAAAUAGAGUUUACUUGGGUAAUGUUAAGAAGCUUUCGGUCUAAAUUAGAUCAUACUCAGUUCAUAAUUUCAGAAAACAUUCCAGGGGAAUAUUUCAUGUUAUUUGUAUUCUAAUGUGUAUUCUGUAAUUUGUCAUAAUAAACUGUGUUAUUAUUAUGAA